AAUUCAACCGAUGGUGACCGAGGAACUCUUCGAUUGCUUCGGAUUGUGGUUCGCACGCCGAUCAACGCCGAUCUUGCCAUAGCUCGUUUUAUCGUUCGUAGUGUUCAUACUCGUCUAUCAAUCAUCGUCCGCAUUUUUAUUUAGAUUCUGCGAAUACGCUAGAUUCUCGAAUACGAAAGUACGUCAUCCGCGCGACAGGAAAUAGUAUAGGUACGAUGUCGCACGGCGGCAGGAAUGAGUGUAGAAUAUAUGUGGGCAAUCUGCCACCGGACAUUCGUACGAAGGACAUCCAAGAUCUUUUCUACAAAUUCGGUAAAGUUACUUUCGUUGACCUGAAAAAUCGUCGAGGCCCGCCUUUCGCUUUCGUUGAAUUCGACGAUCCAAGAGAUGCCGAAGAUGCGGUACAUGCAAGAGAUGGUUACGACUAUGAUGGCUACAGAUUGAGAGUCGAGUUUCCACGUGGGGGUGGUCCUAGCAAUAAUUUCCGUGGUGGACGUGGAGCUGGAGAUAGUGGUAGGGGUGGCCGCGGUGAGAUGAGCAAUUCUCGCGGUCGCGGUCCACCUGCUAGACGAUCACAAUACAGAGUCUUGGUUAGUGGUUUGCCACCGUCGGGAAGCUGGCAAGAUCUCAAAGAUCACAUGCGCGAGGCUGGUGAUGUCUGCUUCGCAGACGUAUAUAAAGAUGGCACUGGUGUUGUUGAAUUUUUGAGACACGACGACAUGAAGUACGCUGUGAAGAAGUUAGAUGAUUCGAGAUUUAGAUCUCAUGAGGGUGAAGUAGCUUACAUCCGUGUGAAGGAAGAUCACAGUGGUGGCGAUAGAGGACGCAGUGAAGAUAGAGAAAGAGGUCGUACUCGUUCACGUAGCUACAGUCCACGACGUCGUGGUUCUCCCACUUAUUCGCCGUUGCGACGUAAUUACUCGCGAUCAAGAUCUCGUUCCAGAUCUCGCUCUUACGACUAGUAUGUACGUAUGUGUUUCACAUGGUAAUAUAAGUACAGGUUUAUAUUGAUAUUUACUCUUUACCAUGUUUCAUUAUUGCUGAUUUAAAUUUCACUGGAUAAAAAUUUCCAAAUCUAAUUC